AAAGGUAGAGAACAAUAAAGUUUUAAGAACAAAGAAAGUGAAUGAAAGUAAAGAAGAGCAAGUUGGUAUGAUGUAUUUGUGUUUGAGUUCAAUGUCCCAGUGGCCGCAAACGAAAGUGACUUGGCUCGUGAAGAACAUCAGCCUUGUCCUCAUUCUUGUGCUUCUAGGGCUUCUUCAUUCUCAUCCGGUUGUCUCAAGUCCCGUUCAAGUUCAACGUAACACUCAUCAGCUUCAUUACUGUCGCUUUGAGACAACACAUAAUUUAUAUACCAUCGAUGAUUUACUCAAAUGCAUGAACGAACUGGCGUCGAGGGUGAGACACAGAAGAACAAGAUCGACAAAUGAAAAAGUUGAAUUCUUUCCAAUGAAUCACAAAAAUAAGCGUCAUGAUCAAAGCGAAUAUGUACCGUCUUCAGAAGCUGGAAAUUUUUAUACUGAUCUGAUAAAUAUACGUCGUGGACCACUACCGAGAAACGAACCAAGUUACUAUGAAUAUCCAGCUGCACAACAAACUUAUCCAAUGGACUCAAGUUACACUCCCAGAAUAUUGGGUGUUAAUCUUCUUGAUGCAUUUUCAUCGAUAUCUCAGUACGAUGAUCGCAAGUGCGUCUUAAGAAUCAUUUGCGAAGUAGCAACUGGUGUUUUACCCGGUAAUAAUGGAUACAAACAAAGUUCGAGUUUCGGAAUCAAUUCGCUUGUCAAUUUUUUAACGACUGUUAAUUUUGAUGCUUCGUCGCCGUUACUGAAAUUUGGAAAAUCAGCGCUAAUGGGCUACGCUAACAAAGGAAAUCCUGACAUCUGUUACAAUCAAUUCCCUCGAUGUCCAAAGAACCCCAACGACCUAAUUAAUUAUCUCAACAAUUACAAUGGCGGGUUUUUCAGAUUUUUCAAUUAUCGUGACACAGGUAAUUAUAAUCGCGAUGUAGCUGGAAGUGAUUUAUCAGAAGCUGUAUCUGAUCGCAAAGCAACUGGUGAAUUGAAAUUUGAUACUCCUUCCUCUCGAAUAAAUUUAUCUGAACGAAAUAAUAAUAAUGAUAAGAACAGAAUAAUAUUUCCUGAUGAUCAACGACAUGUUAAUCGUUUUGUUCAAAUUUACGACUAUCCUGAGUCAGAAAAAAAUAGUAAUUCACCAGAAUCACUAAUUUUUCCUCAGGAUAGAAAGGAUCAAAACGUCGAGGAACUGGUGUACGAUUUUUAUAGCGAUGAAUUAUCUCAAUCAGAAGAUAAAAAAUCACCACUAACCCAAGGGCCACAGCAAUUACCUCCAGUGUCUAAGAAAAAAAACGCAAAGCUUUAUCUAUUAACCCGAAAUAAUCCUUAUUCAACGAAAAAAUUAUCAAGUUACACUUUUCCAGACGGCCAGCAGAUCAUGAUAGACACAAGCUUUUCAAAAUUAUUUUCCAACAGCUACAAAAAAGCUCUAAAACGAGGUCUUAUGAAUAAUGCGCCUCGGGCUAUCAACAUGGAGGGUUUGUACGUGAUUAAUCUAACAGAACUAUAUCCUACAAGCGGUUAUACUGCCGAUGAUGAUACUCGUAGUCUAUUGGAGGAGCAGGUUAUUCAUCCCUGUGACAUGAUUUGUCAUGAUUCAAGAGGUACAGCUGUUCAAUUCAGCCAGUUUGUUAAUUCUAACGAGGAGAAUACCAAUACCGAUCCUGAUCACCAAGAUUCUGAUGCUGAUGGAAGUAAUUCUUUAUCCACCCUCAUGACACCUGAACAACCGAUUUUAGACCUAUCUAAAAGUCUGCCCUGUCAAGUUAUAUGCCUGAAUAGUCACGGUCAAAGACGACGUAUUUCUACUACAUUUAAUAAAGUACUAAGAACCAGACUACCAAAUAACCAAGAAGCUGAUGACAAUCGACUAAAAAAAUUCAAAAUUUUAAAACCGAGAUUCGUUGGUGACCCAGUGAUUGAUGAUAAGGAUCCUGUUAUUCAAUUAUCCGAUUCAGAAGAGGUGCCAUUGUCCUCACUGCCGUGGGCAGGUGGGUCAGGUAUGAUUGACCCCUCGUCAUGGGGACAAGGACCACCGUCAGUGUUAACACCAUCAGUUGAUUCUGAUAAAUCAUCAAAAGUAAUUGGAUCACCAUUGUCACUUGAACAAGGUGACACUGUAAUUGGUGAUAAUCCACUUGCCAUAAUUACAAAUACAUCAUCACCAACUCGAUCACCUGGUUUCAAUAAUCCACCUGGUUAUCCAAUGAAUUAUCAACAACAAAUACCACCAACAACAAUAACUAUUUGCAAUGGACGCAUUUAUAUCAUGCCAGCUAAUAGUGCGACCUCACCAGCAUGCGCGAUGCCUGUUAAUACCCUCCAUCGUUCAAGCGAAGUUCCAUUACUGAAGAAAGAAAAAAAUAAAUGGGGAAAUUAUACCCACUUUUUUCAACAACUCGCUGAAACUGUUAAUAGUGAAAACUAUAACAAUAAUUUUGGAUUCAAUGACACAAAUAAUUUUCCUAAUGAACUUGAAACAACUACUAGUAGACCUGAAACACCUCCAAUUAUUAUUCCGCCAGAAACUCCUCGAAAUUACCCCAAGAAGUCUUGUCCCGAGGAUGAGUCCUGGGAUGACCAGCUCCAGCAGUGUAUUCCAAAUCAAUAUUCAAAAGACGCAGGUGACAUCAGCACUGAAGACACAUAUCAGAGGAUACCGUUCGAUGCACCAUUAACCAGACGACAACGUAUUGUUAUUAAAAUACCUCAUGCCAAUAUUCAUAUUCAAAGCAAUUAAAACUAUUUGAGUAAAAACAAAUGAGCUUAACAG